UGCUCCCCGUUGCCAUAGCGCCGCUGCCGGGAAGGAGGAAGAUGGCGGCCGUGGCGGUGGAGGAGCCGGAGCCGUGCGGUUCCUUCCGCCGUUACCUAGCGCGGCUGGGCGCCCUGCGGCCUCAGCCUGGCGCCGAGCGGCCCGACGGCGGCCGCCGUACCGAGCUCCACCUGCUUUUCGACCAGCUCAUCUCGGAGAGCUGCGGGCCGGCGCCGGCGGCCGGGCCCAGCCCCCAGGAUGUUUGUGCUCUGCUUGCCCAGGCCUGUCAGCUGGUUCACCUUGAUCAGGAACAUCUUGUCAGCAAAGUUUGUCAGCUUAUCCAUCACUUGCUUAACAGGUUUCAGGUGAUGGUCGAUGAACAGAACUUGAAUUUUCUUCUCUCCUACUGCAUCUCUGCUCUUAAGCAGUGCAGCUCUUGGACACAUGUUGAAAUUCUGCAAGCCUUAGCAGCUCUUGUUUACAAUAAUGGACCUAAAUGUCAGAAAUAUCUCCCGGAUUUGCUGGGCAAGACUGGGCUCUUGGUGCAGUUCAGUGAUUCUGCUCAGCCAGACGUGGAACUCAGGAGGGCAGCAGUACGCAGCAUGGCAAACCUGUGUCUCAGUGUGCCUGGACAGCCCUACUUGGAUGAGUCCUACAGAAGUGUCUGUUUUCAAACUUUUCUAAGUGUUCUGCAGUCUUCAAAAACCUCUGAUGUAGAUGACAUCACUUUUUGCAUGUUACUGCAAAAUGCACUGAAAGGUAUCCAGUCGCUUCUCAAUGGUGGGAAGAUGAAACUAAUGCAAACUGACCAAAUUGGAUCUCUUCUUGCAGUAUUAAAGAAAUGUAUGUUUCAUGGACUGCCAGGAUUGAGCAUAGAAAUGCCCACAGCCUUGUACCCGGCUCCAUUACCUCAGUAUGAUAAAAGGUCACCCGUCAAACAGGAACAAUCAGAACCGGCCACCUUUAAGCAGACAGGGAACCGAAGAAAAAAGUCCAAAGGGAAACAAAAGAAGGGAGAGUUUGGGGAAGAAGGAAAAGAAGAUUUGGGUGAUGCAGGAAAUGAAGCAGUCCUUGGAGCAGACAUGCUGAAAUUACACUUGGGAGAUGUGCAGAACAGUCCUUUUUCAGAUCCUCGUACUCAUGCAUCAGAUGUUGCACAUGUGCCUGCUGGAAAGGAUCACUUGUCUUCACAUUAUACUAGUUGGAAAAGAAUCAGCAGCAGUGAGUCGGAAUAUUCUGAUGCUGAAGGUGGAAUACAGAGCAAAAUGAGAUCUUAUCAAGCCAAUGUUCGUCAAGGGGCUCUAGCCUGUUUCCUCUCUGCUAUAAAAUCAAUAGAAAAAAGAGUCCUUUAUGGCUACUGGUCAGCAUUUGUUCCUGAUGCACCUGGUAUUGGCAGCCCUCAGUCAGUGUCCUUGAUGACUAUUGCUUUAAAGGACCCUUCUCCAAAGACCCGUGCCUGUGCUCUUCAAGUUCUCUCAGCCAUCCUGGAAGGUUCUAAACAGUUUCUUUCUGUUGCUGAAGACGCUAAUGAUCACAAGAGAGCUUUUACUCCCUUCUCUGUAACUAUUGCUUCUAGCAUCCGGGAGCUGCACCGCUGCCUGCUGCUAGCCCUGGUGGCAGAAUCCUCUUCUCAAACACUGACACAAAUAGUCAAGUGCCUUGCAAAUUUGGUUUCAAAUGUACCUUACAGCCGUUUAAAACCUGGGUUGCUGACAAGAGUUUGGAACCAGAUAAAGCCAUACAUUUGUCAUAAAGAUGUUAAUGUUCGAGUUUCUAGUCUCACAUUAUUAGGGGCUAUAGUAUCUGUCCAAGCACCUUUACCAGAGGUGCAGUUACUUUUGCAACAGCCCAGUUCUUCAGGGCUAAAUAACAGUGGUAGCGCAACCCCUCACCGUUUUAAUUCUGAGCAGUGGAGAAAAGCACUCCCCUCAGAAGGGGAGCCUCCAGAUAAUCCAGCAGGAUGUACAUCUUCUGAACCAUGCUGGCUUCUCCGUCUCUGUGUUUCCAUCAUUGUUCUGCCCAGAGAGGAUUCCUGUUCUGACAGCGAUGCUAACUUUCCAUCCUUUUCCAGCGUUUAUGAACCGUGUCCCCUUCGACUAGAAUCCUUACAGGUGUUGGCUCUUCUUGUAAAAGGUUAUUUCCCUAUGGCUCAGAGCUAUUUCCUAGAACUUGGAGAAGUGGCUUGCAGAUGCAUGGAAGAAAUGGAUCCAUCCAUUCAGCUUCAUGGAGCCAAACUUCUGGAGGAGCUGGGCACAGGGGUACUACAGCAGUACAAACCCGAUUCAGCCGUUGCCCCUGAUCAGAGAGUACCUGUCAGGGUGGUUGUAACUUUCUGGACUAUGAUGCUAAAUGGCCCUUUACCUGGCACUCUUCAGAACUCUCCACAUGCAACUCUUCAGACAAGUGCCUGUGAUGCCCUGUCCUCUAUCUUGCCAGAAGCUUUCAGCAGUCUGCAGAAUGACCAGCAGAUACUGUGUGUCACUUUGCUUCUUGGCCUGAACCACAGUGAGAACCCGCUGGUAAAAGCUGCUGCCGCACGUGCGCUUGGAGUCUACAUCCUCUUCUCUUGCCUUCGGCAGGAUGUGAUGUUUGUGGCAGACACAGCAAAUGCCAUUCUGAAUUCCCUCCAUGACAAGUCUCCGAACGUCCGUGCCAAAGCAGCUUGGUCCCUGGGCAAUCUUACAGACACUCUGAUCAUCAACAUGGAAACAAUGGGACAAAGUUUUCAAGAGGAAUUUUCGGAUCUCCUACUGUUGAAAAUGUUACGGUCUGCGACUGAAGCAUCCAAGGACAGAGACAAGGUAAAGAGUAAUGCAGUCCGGGCCCUUGGGAAUGUGCUUCAUUUCCUUCAACCAUAUCACAUAGCGAACCCCAGGUUUAGGGAAGCCAUUGAGGAAUCUCUUCAGGCCCUUAUUUCUACUGUUCAGAGUGAGGCCACUAUGAAAGUCCGCUGGAAUGCUUGUUACGCACUGGGGAAUGUAUUUAAGAACCCUGCCUUGCCACUCGGAGAGGCUCCUUGGACCACGCAAGCAUAUAGUGCACUUUCCUCAGUAGUGAAGUCCUGCAAGAAUUUUAAAGUCCGAAUCAAAUCAGCCAUGGCCCUCUCCAUCCCUAGCAAGAGAGAAUGCUAUGGCUCCACUGAGCAGUUCUGCCAAAUCUGGAGUGCCUUGGUGAUAGCCUUGCAGAAGAGUGAAGACACCGAGGACUUUCUGGAAUUCAAGUACAGUGCCAGCCUCAGGACGCAGAUCUGCCAGGCUCUGCUUCAUUUGUUAAGUCUGGCAAGGAGCACAGACUUGCCAGUCAUUUGGGAAACCAUAAGAGAAAAUGGGGAUGCAAUCAAAUCCUAUGUGUUGCAAUAUCUGAAAUCAGGAGUUGAAGAAAAUGAAGCAGGAAUGCACACAGACUUGUACGAGAGGGAGAGAGUAUUAAAAGGAGCUAUCGAACAUCUUGGUGGGAUAGAGAAACAGCUGGAGGGCAAAGCUAGGGUAAGAGUGUCUGCUUAUCUAGAAGAUGUCUUGGCAAACCAUGCCAAUGCCACUGAAUUAACAGAGGCUUAGAAAGGAGCAGCUGUUUCAGUGACCAAUGACUUACACUACUGACUGGACCCAGAGAAGAAACACUGCUUUCAUUUACAUGGCGCAUCCAAAAGAAAAGUUUCUUCUUGGUGGUAUUUGUCCUGGUUUCAGCUGGGAUAGAGUUAAUUGUCUUCCUAGUAGCUGGUACAGUGCUAUGUUUUGAGUUCAGUAUGAGAAGAAUGUUGAUAACACUGAUGUUUUCAGUUGUUGCUAAGUAAUGUUUAGACUAAAGUCAAGGAUUUUUCAGCUUCUGAUGCCCAGCCAGCGAGAAAGCUGGAGGGGCACAAGAAGUUGGCACAGGACACAGCCAGGGCACCUGACCCAAACUGGCCAAAGGGGUAUUCCAUACCGUGGGACGCCACAUCUAGUGUAUAAACUGGGGAGAGUGGGGGCGGGGGAUCGCCGCUCGGGGAUUAAUUGGGCAUCGAUUGGUGGGUGGUGAGCAAUUGCACUGUGCAUCAUUUAUAUAUUCCAAUGCUUUUAUUAUUACUGCCGUCAUUUUAUUAGUGUUAUCAUUAUCGUUAUUAGUUUCUUCUUUUCUGUUCUAUUAAACCGUUCUUAUCUCAAGCCAUGAGUUUUACUUCUCUUCCCCAUUUUCUCCCCCAUCCCACUGGGUGGGGGGGGAGUGAGUGAGCGGCUGCAUGGUGCUUAGUUGCUGGCUGGGGUUAGACUACGACAGCAUUAAACAACUUAUUUCAAACUUAUUAAAAAUCAUUCAUGAUGCCUGAUGAAAAGAUCUGCAGAACUUAUUUUAUUUUUUAUUUUUGUGUUUAGUAAACUGUUAUGUUGUUGUCGCUUGGUUUUGUUUGCACACUUAACUGUUACAAUGUUACCGUGUGGAAAACAAAUGCCUUUUCCUUCUUUGUAUGUUUUAUAAAAAUAGCCUUUUCUCUCAGCUUAUCUAAAAGCAUUUUGUUACUAUUGCUGCUGUAUUCAAAAUCAUGUUUGUAAAGGAGGGGUCUGGAAGAAUUGUGUUUUUCUGAGCACUGCAAAUGUUGUCACUCUUGUGUUCCUGCAAUAAACCCAAAUAUGCCAA